AUGAAAGCUACAAAAAAAGUUGACCCUACUCUUGAAGAGAAAAAUUUUUGUGAAAAAAGUAGUGAAUGGAUCUUCAGGAUGGAUCUUUACUUCUUAAUAUUGACUAGUAAUCUUCUACAGGAG